GAGGGGCGUGGAGCCAGGGUCCUGCAGCGCCUGCUCCAGGAAAACCGGGAAUCAGCCGGGUCUUCUCCACUCCUCCGGGGGCUGGCGGGACACCGGCUCCGAGACCUGGGGUUCCAGCGAGAGGCUCGCCCCAAGGGUGGGAGUGUCCGUUUCCACCCUCUGGCCUUCCAGCCCGGAGAAGAGCUCCUGGAAGCGGGUAUUUUGUUCUCAAAGAUAGGUUUUUGUCUGUGGUGAUUCCCUGUUCUGGAAGGGCAACUUUGCGGCCGCGGCACGGUUCUUGGGGGCUGGGAGUCCUGGAGGGAGAGGAUUGGAUUUUGUCUGCAUCCUCGAGGAGGAGGCUGGCGGCGAGAUUGGGGGUGGCCGGGCCGGGGGAGUUCCCACGGGUCGUGGACGGCGGGAGCUUGGCGUGCAUCAGGUCGCGAUCGCGUGGCCACGCUCCUGGUAGCCCGCCCGGCCCCCUGCACCCCGUCCUCAGCCUCCUCUUCGGCGCUUGGGGCGUGAGGUUCGGUGGGCAUCUUUCAGGAGCAGAGCAGAAAACUUUUCCCUUCCCAGCCCCCGGUCCCUUUUGUCUUUCUUGCGCGGCGGCGGCGACGACUGAGCAGCGAUUCCCUGUCCCCUGCCCGGCGCACCGCGCCGGGUGACCUCCGAGGGCGGGAGCGCUCGGACUCCGUGCGCCCUACGGCUGCGUCCGGCGUCCCGGCGACCCACGGCGGGCACAGACAGCGACGCGCCCCCCGCCCAGAGGCCGCCGCCGCCACUCCCCUCCGCCGGCCCGCACACCUCGCCUCCCGCCCCCUCGCCUGACUCAUCCGCCUGCCGUGGCAGCGCCGCGCCCGCUGCCCGAGCCCCGCCGGGAUGGGGAGCGAGACCGCGGCUGCCCGCGGCUGCCGAGCUUCCUGCUGACGCCCCCGACCCCGCCGCUUCCUUCGCUUGGAUCUGGAGGCGCCCGACAUCGCACCAGCUCCGUGAGUGACAGCCGCGACAGGCGACUGGACCCCCGAGGCCCCGAGCUCAGGACAGAAUAAAAGACUGAACUAUGAUAGCAACUGGUGGAGUGAUAACUGGCCUGGCCGCCUUGAAGAGGCAAGACUCUGCCAGAUCGCAGCAUCAUGUCAACCUCAGCCCGUCACCUGCUGCCCAGGAGAAGAAACCGGUCAGGCGUCGACCUCGGGCCGACGUCGUGGUUGUUCGUGGCAAAAUCCGGCUUUAUUCCCCAUCUGGUUUCUUCCUCAUUUUAGGAGUCCUUAUCUCCAUUGUAGGAAUCGCAAUGGCAGUCCUUGGAUAUUGGCCUCAAAAAGAACGUUUUCUCGAUGCUGAGACAACAUUGUCAACAAACGAAACUCAGGUCAUCCGGAGCCAAGGUGGUGUGGUAGUUCGCUUCUUUGAGCAGCAUUUGCAUUCUGAUAACAUGAAAAUGCUUGGACCUUUCACAAUGGGGAUUGGCAUUUUCAUUUUCAUCUGUGCUAAUGCCAUUCUUCACGAGAACCGUGACAAAGAAACAAAAGUCAUACAUAUGAGGGAUAUCUAUUCCACAGUCAUCGACAUCCACACGCUAAGAAUCAAGGAGCAAAAGCAUAUGAAUGGCAUCUACCCUGGUUUAAUGGGGGAAACGGAAGUCAAACAGAAUGGGAACUCCUGUGCCUCGAGACUGGCAGCAAAUACCAUUGCUUCUUUUUCAGGUUUUAGGAGCAGUUUUCGGAUGGACAGCUCUGUUGAGGAGGACGAGCUGGUGAGAAAUGAAAGUAAGAGUUUUGGACAUCUUAUGCCACCUUUGCUCUCUGCCAGCUCUAACUCUGUUUGUGGCCUCUAUCCACCUCCUUCCCAGACAACUGAUGAUAAGACCAGUGGCCCUAAGAAAUGUGAAACCAAGUCAAUUGUGUCAUCGUCCAUCAGUACUUUUACAUUGCCUGUGAUCAAACUUAAUAAUUGCGUUAUUGAUGAGCCCAGUAUAGAUAACAUCACUGAGGAUGCUGAUAACCUCAAAAGUCGGUCGAGGAAUUUGUCAAUGGACUCCCUUAUGGUCCCUUUGCCCAAUACUAGUCAGUCCUUCCAGCCAGUCAGUAUGAUGCUCCCAAGGAAUAAUUCCGUUGGGGAGUCACUGUCAAGUCAGUACAAGUCCUCUGUGGCCCUUGGACCUGGGGCUGGACAGCUCUUGUCUCCUGGGGAUGCUAGAAGACAAUUUGGGUCCAACACAUCCUUGCAUUUGCUCUCAUCACACUCAAAAUCCUUAGACUUAGACCGGGGUCGCUCCACCUUAACCGUUCAGGCAGAACAACGGAAACAUCCAAGUUGGCCUCGGUUGGAUCGAAGCAACAGCAAAGGAUACAUGAAACUAGAGAACAAAGAGGACCCGAUGGAGAGGCUGCUUGUACCCCAAGCUGCAAUCAAGAAAGACUUUACCAAUAAGGAGAAGCUUCUUAUGAUUUCAAGAUCUCACAAUAAUUUGAGUUUUGAACAUGAUGAGUUUUUGAGUAACAACUUGAAGCGGGGAACUUCUGAAACAAGGUUUUAAUGUUGAAAAAAUAUCUUAUUUUACAAGGCUAUAUAUUCUAAGCCUAUUUUCACCAGUGUUCCCUUGUUAAAGCCUUGAUUGUAAGCCUUUUUAAUCAAAUGGUUUGUGGUGUAUUAGACCUGGCUGCUUAAUUCUGUAAUGGAGAUGGUUAUAUGUUUGGAUUACUUAGGAUUGCAGUACUCUAUAUUACUAGAUAUGAAGUUAUUUUUUUCUGUUCCCUUGAAAGCAUGGGCUCUUUCAUUAAUCUGAAUACAAAAUACUUCCAUCCAAAUAAAAGUUCCUAUUCUUUACUUUAAAGUUCUUUCACUGAUGGUCAUAUUCAUAGAGCAAAGUGUCCAGUUUAGAAAAGGCAGGGUACCAAAGUGUAGACUAGAAGUGCCAAAUUCAAUGAAAAUCUUAGGUGUCAUUUUCUGAAAAAUUGCUUUUAUAUAGGAUUGGUUAAAUUAUUUAAAAGGAAAAAGGUCUAGCUUCUGUGCAAGCUAAAUAAUGUGAAUUGGUUAAAUUGGCUUAGUUCUGAGUAGCUAAUUGACAAGAAUUGGUUGAGUUUGGUUGUGACUAGUACUCUGAGCUCUAGGUAGGUACUAUUUUUUUCAAUAUCAGUUCUAUUUUAGUGAUAUUCUAUUAAGAAACCAUGUAUUCAAGAGCCAUGGCUGAGAAUGCCAGAUAUUCUUAGGGGUAAAUAUCAAAAUGAUCAGCUAUAACUUUAGAUAUUCAGAAUCAAAAUUUCUUUGCAACUGACUUGAAAAAUGAAUGAACCAAUUUAGUGUUUAGAAGUGCUAUCUUGAAAUAAUUAUAUAUAUGAAGAAAAGAUUGACUAAUGAAUAAAAAUACAUACUAGUUAAUGCUAACUAGUUUCAGUACCUUUUCCUAGCUGUCUCUCUUAUCAUCUAAUAUGCACUCACUCCCACAUCCUUUUCCCCCAAUAUUUUUUAGAUCCUGUUAUUUGGAAGAUAAUCAGCUAACCUUGACAUUUCUUUUAUCGUUGCAUAUCACUAAGUUGGUGGUUGAAGAAAAUUUAGUCCUUGAUACAUUGCCUUGAAAUUUACCUUAUGCUAGAAAGCCUUAUGAUAACUCCAAAGACUUUCUUACGGUGUAAUAAAUAUUUUCGAUUGUGGUUCUCAGUUAUUGAAGAUAAUAAAUAUUAAAAUGGAUUUUCCAUCAGAAAAUUUUCAUGUUUUCCAUUAAGGUAACCUAAUUUUAAAAAAUUGUUUAACGGAAUACUCAGGAAAUUUUACAAGUUUUUCCCAAUGCAUACACAUUUCUGAACAUCAGUAUUGCAGUUGUUAUGGAAGAGGAGAAGGAAGAUAUCUUUGUAUUUGUAGCUCCCCACAAUUCCACCUUGUAUUAGCAUCACGAGCUUCCUUGGACUGAGGCACAGUGUUACUUAUUAGAACAUCAAGCCUGUGUAUUGUAAUGGAGUGGGCUUAAUAUUUUAUGAUAAAGCAUUUAAUAAACCUCCAGUCUUAAUAUAA